AAGCCCAGCAAGCUCCUCACGGCCUCCUUCCCCACCCUAACCCGCGCGGCGGGAGCGAGACGAGAGAGAUGAGCACCGGCGGCGCGGACAAGUCCGGCGCCGGCGGCGGAGGCGGCGGCGGAGGCGGAGGCGGAGCGGUGAAGACGCCCUCGGACUUCCUCAAGUCGAUCAGGGGCCGCCCCGUCGUCGUCAAGCUCAACUCCGGCGUCGACUACCGAGGUAUUUUGGCUUGCCUGGAUGGGUAUAUGAACAUUGCAAUGGAGCAAACGGAAGAGUAUGUGAAUGGCCAACUCAAGAACAAGUAUGGUGAUGCCUUCAUAAGAGGCAACAAUGUUCUGUACAUCAGCACGUCGAAGAGGACCCUCACGGAUGGCACAUAGAUCAAGUGGACAGAGUCGACUGAUGUCCCCCUUUUAACUUGAAAAUUGUUAAGCUGAUUGGUUGUGAUAUCUCUGACCCUUGCUCUUACCUUCUGUUUUGAGGUGGGAAAAUGUGUUGCACAUUUGAUAGACUUAUCAGGAACUUUUUAAUGUUGAUGGCAUCAAGCUUCCAAAAUUCCCUUCCUGUGGUGUUUUGACUGUUGUCUCCUGAUUUUUGGCUAUGCCCAAGAAGUUCAGGGAUGCCUGAUCAUUUUGUGCC